AAAUAAAGAAAAAAUUAUCUUUAUAAUUACAAAAACAACAAAAAAUUAAUUAAUUAAUAAAAAAUAAUAUUCAUAUUAUCUCCUUCAAAACAAUAAAAUAAAAUGGCUGAAUAAGUUACUAACAACUAAGUCUCUCCUCAAGGAGAACAAAAACCUAAGGUAUAAAAGAGACCAAGAACUGUUCAAUUAGAAUCUAAGGAUCCUGUUAAGAUUGCUGAUCUCUAACCCAGAAACAACAAUUCUAACUUUGUUGGAAAGGUUAUUGAAGUUUAAGUCUUAGAAAAAGGCAAUAACAAAUAAGGCAAUCCUAGAAAAUUCCUUAAGGGUCUUAUUGGUGAUGAUACUGGUGUUGUCAGAUUUGAUUUGGCUGUUAAGAACGAUGUCGUCUUUAAGGUAGAUGAUGUCGUCAGCUUCGAUAAAGCUAUGAACAAGGUAAACAAGGAUGGUCACCACUACAUUGAAGUCAAGAGAUUCGGUAAAUACGAAAUCACCAACGGCUCUAUUGCCGCUGUUAAAACAGAUAACAACAUCUCAACAAAGAUAAUUCCUCCUCUUCCUGAAGGUGAAAAGAAGUAGAAGAUUAUUAAAAAAAGCAACAAUAAGUAGAACAACAAUGGUAAAGUUAACAACAACAACAAUAACGGUGAUAACAACACAAACAAUAAUGGUAACAAAAUGAAUAACCGCCCUUACAAAAAAUAAAACUACAAUUAAUAAAGAAAGACUAACAACAACAACAACAACAAUAGCAACAACAACACUAACAACUCUUAGAAUUUCAAAAAUUACAAAUAAAAGCCUAAGAGAUUCCACUAAGCUUUACUCACUCCUAUCAAGAAUCUUAAGCCUGGUUAAAACGGUUAAACUGUUAAAGGAAAAGUUUUCGAUGUUUAAUCCUACUAAAAGACCAUCAAGAAUAGAGAAGCUACUUUCUUCAAGGGUAGAGUUGCUGAUGACACUGCAAAUAUUAAUUUUGACUUCAUGAUGAAAGAAAAGACCAUUUCUGAAGGUGAUAUGGUUAUCUUCACCAACAUUAUGAAUAAGGUUUCAGAAACUGGCCAUCACUACAUCGUAGUCGGCAAGUACGGAAAUUACAGUGUCUUGAAUGAAAAAUAGAUCAACAUUAAUGAAUAAGAAAACAAGUCAUCUAUUGAAUACGCCAUCAGCUCUUCUAAUAAUGCCACUAAACAAUGA